CGGCGGGGGAUGGAGAGCCAGCGCUGCUUCGCCAACCGCUUCGAUGACUACCCGGGCAGCCCCGCGGCGGCGCCGGACAGGGAGGCGGCGGUGCCGCUGGUGACGGCCACCAUCGAGCGCAUCCUGCGGGAGCUGCCGCCCCUGGGCGGCCCCCGCGGCUGCCCGGGCGGGCUGUACGGCGGCGUGGCCGGCGUGGCCUACAUGCUGUACCACGUCGCGCAGUGCCCGCUGUUCGCGCCGUCGCGGGACUCAUACCUGCGGGCCGCCCGCCGCGUCGUGGACGCCUGCCUGCGCUACCAGGAGGGCUGCGGCGAGGCCGACGCCGACACCCGAGCCGCCUUCCUGCUGGGCGGCGCCGGGGUGUACGCGGUGGCCGCGCUGGUCUACCGCGCCCUGGGGCUGCCCGAGUACGCGCGGCCGCUGGGCAAGUUCCGGGAGCUGAGCGAGGUGUGCGCCCCGCUCUCCUUCCUCGAGUGCGGCUCGGACGAGCUGUUCGUGGGCCGCGCCGGCUACCUGUGCGCCGCGCUGGUGCUGAAGCAGCGCCUGGGCAUGGAGGUGCUGACUGCAGCACAAAUUAAAUCAAUUUGCCUGGCCAUACUAGAAUCAGGAAAACAGUAUGCAGUGAAGAAGAGGAAACCAGUCCCACUGAUGUAUUCCUACUAUGGAACAGAGUAUCUUGGGGCAGCACAUGGGCUUUCCUCAAUCCUGCAGAUGUUGCUCUCCUAUUAUGAGUACCUGCAGCCAGCAGAUCAGGAGCUGGUGUGGCAGAGUGUGGAUUUCCUGAUGGACCAGGAGCAGAACAGCAACUGGCCCCCUGAGCUGGGGGAGACCAUUGAGAGGGAGAACGAGCUGGUGCACUGGUGCCAUGGAGCUCCAGGCAUUGCAUAUCUGUUUGCCAAAGCUUACCUGGUUUCCAAGAAGCCUCAGUAUCUGGACACUUGUAUCCGCUGUGGAGAGCUCACCUGGCAGAAAGGCCUCCUGAAGAAGGGCCCUGGCAUUUGCCACGGGGUGGCUGGUAGUGCUUAUGUGUUCCUGCUGCUCUACAGGCUCACUGGGAACUCCAAAUACAUCUACAGGGCACAGAGGUUUGCAGAGUUCUUAUUUACAGAAGAAUUUAAGUCUGGUUCCCGGGCACUAGAAAGUGUAUAUAGUCUGUAUGAAGGUUUUUCAGGAACUGUGUGUUUCCUGACUGACUUGCUGCAACCCAACCAAGCCGAGUUUCCUCUCUUCAGUGUCUUUGUCUAAAGACUGAUGUUCUCCAGGGCCAAUCCUGGAGGUAGUGGGAGAGGGCACCUGCAG